GCAACUUUCAGUUGUCCGCUCACAGCGGUCGAUAGAACACACUGUUGCUUAUUUACCAAACAGUUGACUUCGAAAUAAAUUGUGGAAAUUAAACAGAAUUUAUUUAUUGUAAUUUUGCAACGAAUUGUUGGUGGAGCAAAAAAAAAAAGUAAGGAAAUAUAUUUAUUACUCUUACUUGGCAUUAUUAUAUUGCAAUAUACACCGACGGGCAAGCGUUGUGAAAUAUCAAUAAAGCAUUUGCGAAAGUUUUGUGCCAACAGUAACAACAACAACAACAACAACAACAACAACAACAACAACAACAACACAUAAAUUGUGUAGAAAGCCGACGUCGAGACUGGUUUGUGUUUUAUAGAACUCAGCACAGUAUGCGGCUCUCGAUGUUAUUGUUGUUGGUGGCUUGCGGUAUAAGUGCGAAUGUAUUUGCCACCAAACCGCCAAAAUGGGAUGAGACCUACAUAGCGAAGGGCACACUCUACAUACCAUAUGCUGAGAUCGCCGAACCAUUCUACGCUUGGUAUGACAAGCAAACCAAACGUUCACGUAUCGAUUAUUACGGUGGCAUGGUGAAGACUUAUCAGCUAGGCAGUGUUAUGCCUUACGGUACAUCACUCAAAUUGGCACCGGUGACCACGGAACAGGAGUUGAAUAAGAUCACAUGUUUGCAAUUGAAUGGCACCGCAGAGAAUCGUGUGGGCAUACAAACUAUACUACCGGAUGCGAGGAACUUUACGCUCUUGGGCACCGAAAAUUUCUUGGGUUUCACUUGUGAUAAAUUCCGUUUGGAUGAGGUGAUCGGACAAAAGCGUAAUGUGUACACCUUGUGGGUGCGUUACAAGAAAUCACCCCACUAUCCGGCGUCACGUCAACCGAUACCUGUGCGUUAUGAGAUGCGUGGCUAUAAUUCACUGUUGGGUUCACAUUUCGAUCAUUACUUCUUGGAUUACGACAGUUAUGAGCAUGAUGAUAUACCAAAUGAGGUCUUCGAAUUGGAUGAUACAAUGGUCUGCGUACCCUUCCCCGGUCCGGGUGCCGGUCACUAUGCCACUUUCAAUCCAAUGCAAGAAUUCGUCCAUCCCGCUGUGGAUCAUCAUGUUGAGCACUCUUUCAAUCACUUCAAGCGCAAGCAUGGCAUUAAAUAUCCAUCCGAUAGUGAGCAUGAAUAUCGCAAGAAUGUUUUCAGACAAAAUUUACGUUUCAUCAACUCGAAGAAUCGUGCGCGUUUGAGUUAUACUUUGGCGGUGAACCAUUUGGCCGAUAAGACCGAUGAGGAGUUACGCGCUCGUCGCGGUUUCAGAUCGUCGGGCGUUUACAACACGGGCAAGCCCUUCCCAUAUAAUGUGGAAAAGCUCAAGGACGAUUUGCCCGAUCAGUAUGAUUGGCGUUUAUAUGGCGCUGUAACGCCGGUGAAGGAUCAAUCCGUUUGCGGCUCAUGCUGGUCUUUCGGCACCAUCGGUCAUAUUGAAGGCGCUUAUUUCCUCAAGAAUGGUGGCAAUUUGGUGCGUCUCUCCCAGCAAGCGCUCAUCGAUUGCUCGUGGCAAUACGGCAAUAACGGUUGUGAUGGUGGCGAAGAUUUCCGUGCCUACCAAUGGAUGAUGAAAAUGGGUGGUGUGCCCACCGAAGAGGAUUAUGGUCCGUACUUGGGUCAAGAUGGUUAUUGUCAUGCACAAAAUCUCACACUCGUUGCACCAAUUACCGGUUUUGUGAAUGUCACCUCAGGCGAUUCGAAUGCCUUCAAAAUUGCACUACUCAAACAUGGACCACUUUCGGUGGCCAUUGACGCAUCACCACGUACUUUCAGUUUCUAUUCGCACGGCGUCUACUAUGAGCCACAGUGUAAGAAUGGUUUGGACGAAUUGGAUCAUGCUGUGUUGGCUGUGGGUUAUGGCACAAUUAAUGGCGAGGAUUAUUGGUUGGUGAAGAAUUCUUGGUCAACAUAUUGGGGCAAUGAUGGUUAUAUAUUGAUGUCGGCACGUAAGAAUAAUUGUGGUGUCAUGACAAUGCCCACUUAUGUGGAAAUGUGAGGAGAGACGGACCUACAUCCAUGCAUAUUAUUUAAUUUAAGAAAGUUUAUUAUAAACACACAUACGUAUAUACUAUUCUGCAAUUUGAACUAUAAAUUUUUUUUUGGCGAAUAAAAUUUACACUUUCUUAGAAAUA